AGAGUGCGUCCCCGAGCCAUGGUCCCCACCGGCCACGGCUCAGCCGGGGUCCCUCUGCUCUCAACCCGAGUGCCCAAAGCAGGUUUUGGUUUCAUGUCAGCAGCCUUCAUCUGCCUUCCAAAAAUAAGCCCCUGCCGCCAUGCCGAGGGGAGAAAAACAAGAAGGGCGGUAUUUUUAGGGCCAUUAAUUCUGACCACGUGCCUGAGAGGCAAGGUGGAUGGCCCUGGGACAGAGGCUGUUCAUCACUAUGUCCCGGGGAGCAGGACGUCUUCAGGGCACGCUGCAGGCUCUCGUCUUCCUAGGCUUCCUAGUGGGCAUGGUGGUGCCCUUGCCCGCAGGCGCCCGUGCCAACAGCACGCUGCUGGACUCCAGAGGCUGGGGCACCCUGCUCUCCAGGUCUCGCGCUGGGCUAGCAGGAGAGAUCGCCGGGGUGAAUUGGGAAAGUGGCUAUUUGGUGGGGAUCAAGCGGCAGCGGAGACUCUACUGCAACGUGGGCAUUGGCUUCCACCUCCAGGUGACCCCCGACGGCAGGAUCAGUGGGACACACGAGGAGAACCCCCACAGCCUCCUGGAAAUUUCCACUGUGGAGCGAGGUGUGGUGAGCCUCUUUGGAGUGAAAAGCGCCCUCUUUGUUGCCAUGAACAGUAAAGGAAGAUUGUACACAACGCCCAGCUUCCAAGAGGAGUGCAAGUUCAGAGAAACUCUCCUGCCCAACAAUUACAACGCCUAUGAGUCAGAUUUGUACCGAGGGACCUACAUUGCACUGAGCAAAUAUGGACGGGUAAAACGAGGUAGCAAGGUAUCCCCAAUCAUGACUGUUACUCACUUCCUUCCCAGGAUAUAAGGACCCACAAAUGAGGCUCACAGGUUGACAGCUGCAUCUUUCCUACUGGAAUUUUGUGCAAGCAAGUGACACCCUUUCUUCCCCGUGACUUCUGCAUCAGGCUUAUCUUGUGCAUGGGGGAGACCUGAGUUGGUUUUCUUGGCCACUGGACCCCAUGGCAUGUAACCCACCCAAGUGAGGGUUGCAGCUGGAAUCUUAGAAUGGCAGUGGAGGCUGUGCUUUGACCUCACCUGGGG